AUGGCGCCACCUGCAACCGAGCCUAACCUAGGAGCCAUAUCACCGCUCCACCAGCCGACUUCGAUGCAGGCUACUGCCCUCAGUCAGAGCACUUGCUGUUGCAGCCGUCGGCCCGGUGUAGGAUGCAACACGUCGACUGCACCGCUCCGCACUCUCGCCCUUCCUGCCUCUUCGUCAUGGCAGAAAGGUGCUCUGCAGCGUCCCGAGGUGCAGAUCGCAUGGGCUCGCAUGAAGCAUACGUCCAUCCGACCGUCGCACCACUUUGGCCCACUGCCAAAAUCGGAACCUCCCUCUCCACCCAGUGGCGCAGCGCGUGUAGCGAGCGAUGAACCUGCGGACGUAGAGACUGACUGCACUGACAUGAGCAACCUGGCCUUUGUCUUGCGAUUUGGCGAAACUUUGCUCGUGUUCACCCAAGCCCCCAACGUUCGAGGACGAUCAUCGACCUGUGCACCUCGACGAACGACAGCAAAGCCAGCAGAGCUUCUCCCGACUCGACCUGGUCUAUCCAUCUGUCUCACUGUUGCCCAGGAACUGGAUUCUUGGCUUCACCUACGACUCGAUCUAGCCGACGUCACUUUCCCCAUCCGCCCCCUCGCCCUUGGUCUCUGGAAGACCACCUCUCCUCAUCUCCGCUUGAAGCUCGCCAUCCGCACCGAUUUUGGCAUUUUUCAGCGGCCGUCGAAGUCGCGCGUUCCAACCCUUGUCUCGGAUCCAACUCGGCUGCCCUCUCCAGUUCUCUCAAGCGAGGACAUAUCGAGUGUAACCAUGACUAGGGACUCGAAACCAGCUCUGCGCCAGAGUGGUCGGCGCAGAGCCGCGGGCGUCGUGGCCAUGCUCGCGGUCGCUACGGCCGUCACCACCGCCACGUUUGCCGAUGCCACUACGCUCCCCAGCAACUUGUGGGGGAAACGUCAAGAUCCUUCCAUGCUGAGCCAGGUGGAGGCUCAGGUGCUCAAGCUCAUCAGCGCCGACGGAUCGUUUGCCACGAUGACGGGAGCGAAUGCCAAUGCCAUCCAGUCGGCAGUGGGCAUGAGCGGCGACGUCACGCCUGCCGUCGUCUCGGCGCUCAGCUCGGCAACAGCAGCCAGUGCUGCUGCCACUGAUGCGGCGUCGACAGCUCAGACUCCGUCUGCUAUCGUACAGGCUGUGGAGGCCACAGCAGCUCCCACGGACAAGGUGGCGAGCGACACGCUGAGCUCGGCGCAGGAGUCGCAGCUCGAGGGCGAGGUCGGCGCAGUCGCUGGAGACUCGACUGCUGAUGGCGGUGUCCAGAGCUGGACGUACGACCCCGGCGCGUUUGGCUGUCUGGGAAGCGACGCUUCAGGCGAUGCGGCUGCCACGCUGUGCAGUGUCAACGCUCCCGCCCCGACCGCGACGGGCGCUCGAUCCGAGCAGGCCCUAGACAGCGUUGGAGACAGCGCCUUUGCGCCUGUCAAUGCUGCUCCUACCCCAAUGCGCAGGAACGCUGUUCGUGCCGCUCCGACCCCCGAGCCACGCCUGGACAGCGACCUCUCGCGCCGCCAAUAUCCGAUCGACCCGGCGGGCCCGGCGUACACUUCGCUGCUGGUGUCAUCGAACCUGUUCCCGCUCUUCACCUCGUACGUCACGCUCGAGCCGCCCUCGACGACGCGCGUCAACUUUGGGCCGACGUCGAACCUCAACGUGUCGUCGAUCCCGCGCCGCGGCAGUUCGGACUCGGGCAACGGCGAGGCGCCGGGCAACAUCAACAAUCCCAACUCGCCCGACCUGGGCUGGCUUGACGUGCAGAUCGGCGGCGUGCCGUACAAGAACGGCGACCUCAUCGCGAGCAUCGUGUGGAUCCUGGCGACCAUCGCGCUCAUCCCGCUGCUGCUCAUUCGACUGCUGCGCAGGUCCAGUCUGAUCUCGAUGGUGCUCAUUACGAUCAUCGUGUUCAUGGUGCUCAUGCUCAUCGGAUUCGGCGUUCGCGCCAAGCUGGCCAACAACACACCGACGACGUCGAUGAUGAACGUGGAGGGCAUCAUUUUGGCCGUUCUGUUGCCAUUGCUCAUCGAACCGCUGCUGCAUCUGCUCGGUCUGUACUCGAAGCAGGGUGGAAGGCCGUCCGGUGUACCCACGGCGAGUCUGGUGCUGAGGAUCCUCAACUUUAUCGUCUUCCUGCUCUUCCUUGUUGCAGCAGCGUAUUAUGCCAGCUGGUUGGACAAGUGGGAGAAUGCACUCAAGAUGACGCAGACCGCACAGGAUCUGCCGGACAUCAUCCCGCCCAAGGUGACGCGCAUUGCGCCUGUUGUGGGUGCGAUCAUCGAGAUCAUCGUGAUUCUGGGCGCUGCACUGCUGAUUCCCGUCGCAAGGGGUGAUGCAGGAAGCAUGCGUCCUGGUGGAUUCAUCUUUAUCCUGCUCAUCCUGUUGUUUGUGGCGACCGUGUAUAGGCUGCUGCAGGCGCUGCAUGCCACCACGCGCAUCUCGGCAGAGCAGGGCGGCUCGUUGGACGCCAACGAUCUGCUGCCUUUCUUCCAGGGCGGCUCCUCCAACACCACCACCGACAACCAGCGUGUCGCUAACGGCCUCUCCCUUGCACCGCAGGGCAUGUACGGUCCCAACUCCGAGGGCAUCGACUGGGAACAGCUCCAGCUCACCAUGGCCAGCAGAGGCACCCCGCAGACCCCGCUCAUCUUUAAUUUGGUCUACGUGCUGCCCAUGUGGUUGAUGGUGUUCCUCCUCUUCUUCACUCACGCCCCUGCCGCCAAGAAGACCGAAGAGGCUGCCGGCGGUGAAGGAAACGUCGCUGUCGCCAAGGCUUAG